GAACAAGUUUGUACCACUAGAAAAUGGAAACAAAGCUACAUUUGAUUGCCAAGUGGAACUUCCAUUUAUAGGAUAUACAAAGCCAUGGAUAGAGUUUGCCACAGGCAAUAUCUACUGCGUUUUCUUUCCAUACUCAAAAACCAUGACACCUCCUUCUCCUCAUGCUUCACUCAAAGAAGCUCCUGAUCAUGUCACAGCACCUUCAUUUGCACUUCUUCUCGGAAGGCUUUCUGUGUCAGAAACAGGAAAAGUGAUGAACAUAACUUCGGAGGUUAACAAUGUCAUCAUAUCGAUAGUUGAAAAAUCUGAUGUUCAAAUUCACUGGCACGAAAAAAGUUACUUAUCGAUGAGCUUGUGGGAAGAUUUUGGUAUUGCACAGUCUCAGGUUAAGAAGCAAAGCAUAAAAGAUCAGAUAAUUGUCACACUCUCGUCAGCAGGUCAGCGCGUAGGAAUGAGUAUCUGCUAUGAAAUAGAUGAAUCGCAGAUACCAACGCACGAAAAAAUAUUGGUGUAUUGCAUGAUCAUCAUGUUCAUCUUUUCAACCAUCAAUGUAAAAAUAGCUACUAAAUAUUGUAGUAACGAAGCUGCAACGACCAAAAUAGAUGAAAAAGUCAUGACCAGGGCAGAAUGUAUUGAAGUCUUAAAAAAAACUCUUUGUGACAUGAACAAACGGAUGUGUGAAAUCGAAAAAUUAUACGAUCAAGAAUAAUAAGAAGAUAAGUAUUUGAAUAUAGAGAGGUGUAACAGCAACAAAAAUAUACACAAGUCAUCA